GGUUAUCUCAUGAUAUGAUUUUAUUUUCCCUUUACAUCAUGUUAUUGUUAUUGUUCAAUUUGCUUGUAUGACUUGAUUUUCGAGGUGGUGUAACUUUUCUGCUAAUCUUAGAUUUCCAGAUUCAAAUAAGAAUGUGACACAUAAUUAAUAGUAUCCUUGUGUCCUGCAUAUAUUUCUUUCCGUCCUCAAAGCAGUAAAACUCCCUAUUGGCUUCAAAUGUGUAAAUAGAGUUGAAGUGAUUAAAUCUUUUUUCUAUGUAUGCAUACAUCUUGAUCAUUGCUAGCUGAUAGGGAAGCAUUUCGCUGUCACUUAUCAAACCUUAAUGAUGAUAAGUUAGGAUAAUUGAGGUAGUUAGUUUGGUUAUUUAAGUUUUUUUUUUUAAUUGGAGCCAGUGAUAUCUUGCUCAAAUGGCAUUUCCUUCCUUAUAAGAGUAAAGUGGAGGGUGAGGUUCUGGGCUCAAUACCCACCAGGUGCAUAAAUUACCAAUAAAGAAAAUUUGCAUAAUUUCUUAAUAGCAUUUGGAAAAUUGUUUAAAUUCAAAUGUCCGGAAUCAACCAAGUUCAAACCUCUAUGAUUUUUGGCCUAUGCAAUUUCCUUGGUUAGGAUAAUCUGGUUGCGGAUCUGCACCAUAUGUUCCCAUGGCCUUCUAGAGUGAUCAAGUACCUUGGUAGCAAAAAUAACAAUGUGAAUACUACCUUGCUGUUAGUUCCUGUUCAUGCUUUGCCUAUCUAAUGGCUGGUUGCCAUGCCAGCCUUGGCUUAGUAUGGGUCAAAGAUGGCUUGGUGCAACAUUCUGAGUUACUCUUGUUGUUGGUUGAAAUUUUCCACGAAGAAAUUUUUCAAAAGGAUGUUCAAAUUGCAAAUGGAAAACUGUUGUCAAUUUGAAUUUUAAACUGAUGUCAAUCUAAAGUUUGAUGUGCAUAUUGUCUUAGGUGGUCUAUCAAGCUUUUGAGGCCGUAAUAGAUAUCUACUGCAUGCUAAUAGUUGCAUGCAGAAUAUUCCAAAUAGUGAUAGCUUAAGUGAUCAAGUUCAAACUGAGAACUGACACUGCUCAACUUAAAUGUUUAGCUUCAGAAGAUGGACAGAGAAGGUUAAAUUUAUCUUGAAUCUAUAAGCAGAGUGCAAAGACCAGUGUUAUCAUUUUAAAAAUGUUAGGAUAGCUCCUUUUAAUUUAACCCAUAUAUCAAAAUGAAUGAAUUUAAGAAACAUGGUUCCCAUUUUUUAUCUUACUUGGAUUUUAGGUUUGGAUAAUGAGGUUUUAUUGCCAAGCUGUUUUUAAUAUACUCAGUUCAUUGUUAUCAGUAUCCCAUUGAUUGUAGCCCUAUACUAAAUGGUGAUUCUUUGAACAACUUUCUCCCCUCUUUUCCCAUCCAGUUUUUACUUUUUGGGGUGUAGCCCUUUCAACACAAUUGACAUUUGAAGAGCACUUGCAUAAGGCUAGUCAAACUAGCCUGAUAAAAAUAUAGCUAGAAACCCACAAAAACCCCUCGCAUCAGACUCAAUAAACUAACCAAAAAAAAAUUAACAAUGAACAGCAAUCGCGACUAGUAGCGAGAUACUCUUCCUCACUAGUGCUAAAAAAAAAAUCUCAAAACUCUCUCUCUGUCUCUCUCCCCCCCUCUUCUUCGAACUCUCCAUUUGGUGGCAGUCGAACUUAUUGUGAACUGCAACACUUGGAUUUGGUGGUUUUAGCUGGUCGGUGGUGGCAGAUUUGGGCGUCUGAGAGUUUAUUUUUGUGGGUUUGUGUUGAUAUUUGCAUUGAUUUGUGCGGUGGGUGCAGUGGUUGAUGGGUUUGGUUUGAUUUGUGCAGUGGGUGCGGGGUUUGUGUUGAUUUUUGCAGUGGGUGUGGUGGUUCUUGGCAGUGGGUUCAGUGGUUGCUGGGUCCAUGUUUAUUUUUUUAUAUUCGUGCGGUGCUUGUGGCAGUUUCCGACGGUGAGUGCAGAGGUGGCUGGUCUGGUUCGACGGUGGUCUGGGUUUGAUGGUGGUUUUUGUGCCUGUUGGUCUUGUUUCUUCUCUCUCUCUCUCUCUCUCUCUCUCGAUCAACUGCUUCUGGGUAUAACAUCAACGUGUCGCCGAAAUUGGGUCACGAUUUGGUUGGUCUGUGAUGACUGAGAUAGGUUGCUAUUUGGGUUUUCAGCACUGGCGGAGACAGGUGACAGUUGAGAUGUGGUUUUUGGUCAGUGUGUGAUGGGUGGGUGCUGGCUCAACACUCUUGGUCUGAAACUCAAGCUCAGAUCUGUUGGGUUUUGAGGGUGGAUCCAAGGCACCAUAAUCUGGUGGUUGUGUUUGUUUUGGUUUGGAUGUGGUUGUAUUGGAGUGUUAAUGGAUAACCAUGGCUGGAUGCAGAUGUGGUUGCGGUGCAACAACUGGUUGGUUUCUGGGUGCGACAGCUGGAUGCAGUUGUGCUAAGUGAUGUGGUUGUAUUCGAUGUUUGUGGGUUUUGGGAUUAAAAUUGUGAAUAGAAAGAAAAUAAUAUUUAAUUGAAAUAGUGAUAUAGUAUUGAGGCUGAGCUAAAAAUUUGAGAAGGCUGAUGUGAACGCUCUUAGUUGGCUAUCUUCAUCUUUCUUCCCGGUUGAUUUAUUAUUGUAUAAUUCUCUUUAGAUUCCACGUGAGAAAAUUCUGAUACUUACAUUAUGAUAUUGUCUUUUUCUUUCUGGGUUUUGAGCGAGCAAGAGAGGGAGCUGGUUCUAUGUGGGCUAAUUUAUCUAGAGCAGUGGUUGUCUUGGAUGCUAUACUAAACCUACAGUAACUACCUCGGUGGAUGCACCAGCACAAUCACCAUCAAAAGGAUCAACGAAUCAAGGUCGGACAGUGAAGACAGAGGAUUUCUGGACCACCAGUACGUGGGAUAUGGACAACAGUGCAGUUCAGUCUCAGCGAAGCAUCUCCUCAAUUAGUACAACCAAUCAAAUUCUAGAUCCACAUGCUGUUGCUGGCAGUGCUAACAGCCCUUCUGAAUUUGUAAAUCAUGGUCUUCUUCUCUGGAAUCAGACUAGGCAGCGUUGGGUAGGAAAUAACAGGUCUGAGAACCGGGCACAGCAGAUACGAGAACCCAAACUAAGCACUCACUGUCUAUGCAUUGGUAAAAAAUUCUGGCUUUGCAGUUGGAAUGCAUCAUAUGAAAGUUUGCUUGGGAACAACAAGCCAUUCCCUCAGCCUAUCCCACUUGCUGAAAUGGUAGAUUUUCUUGUGGACAUUUGGGAGCAGGAGGGGUUAUAUGAUUGAGCAGCAGAAGUAUAAGAUCCUUAAGGGCUCUUUAGAUACUUUAACCUGUCUUAGCAACGUUCAAGUUGUUGCCAUAGCAAGAGGGGUGAUUGAACAAACUGCGACUUGUAUAUGAAAUGUAACAUGAUCUCUCACAUGCCAAUGCAGAGAUUUUUAUUAUUCAGGCCUUUUAGACAUGCAUGUAUUACAUUCAAUUUGAUUCAUAUCAUCGGCUGCCUGUCCUGUUCAUGGCAGGAAGUUUUGCAAAAUUUCA